CCUAGAUUCUCUGUUUCUAGGGUGUUUUCUUUCUUCUUGAAACCUUGAUUUUAAUAAAGAAAUGGCUUCCCACAACGACAACGAUGAUAUUCCCAUGCUUCCAAUUUCAGACCCAUCAUCUCGUACUAGAGCCAGAGCUUUCACUUCCAGGAGUCGUAGCGUUUCUCUCUCAAACCCUACUUCUUCCAUUGAAGGAUUUGACAAUUCCACUGUGGUUUUAGGCUACACGGGUCCUCUUCGAACUCAGAGACGUCCUCCUUUAGUUCAAAUGAGUGGUCCUCUUACCUCUACUCGCAAACCUGAACCUCUCUUUCUUCCUCAUCCUUCUUCUGGUUCUUCUGAUUCCGUUGGUGUCUCUUCUCAGCCUGAGAGGUAUCCUUCUUUUGCUGCUCUUGAACAUAAAAACUCCUCAGACGAUGAGUUCGUUUUGAAACACGCAAAUCUCUUGCGGUCUGGACAAUUAGGGAUGUGUAAUGAUCCUUACUGUACUACUUGCCCUUCUUACUACAACCGUAAAGCUGCUCAAAUCCCUACUUCUAGAGUUUCUGCCCUUUUUGAUUCCACGUUCCAUAAUGCUCUGUAUGAUGAUGCUAAAGGUUGGGCAAGGAGAUUUGCUUCCUCUGUUAAUAGAUACUUACCUGGAAUCAUGAAUCCUCAUGCCAAAGAGGUUCAAACCUGGACUAAAUUCUUCGCCCUUUCAUGCUUGUUAGCUAUUUUUAUAGAUCCUCUCUUCUUCUUCCUCAUAAAAGUCCAAGAGCAAAACAAAUGCAUUAUGAUUGAUUGGCCGAUGACUAAAGCAUUUGUAGCUGUUAGAAGUGUAACAGAUGUUAUAUUCACUAUGAACAUUCUACUUCAGUUCCGAUUGGCCUAUGUAGCUCGUGAGUCUACGGUAGUUGGUGCUGGCCAGUUAGUUAGUCAUCCCAAAAAAAUUGCCCUUCAUUACUUUAGAGGAAAGUUUUUCCUUGACUUGUUCAUAGUGAUGCCACUUCCACAGAUAUUGAUUUUAUGGAUAAUACCAAAACAUUUGGGUGCAUCCGGGGCAAACUAUGCGAAAAACCUUCUACGAGCUGCAGUUCUUUUCCAAUACAUUCCGAAGUUAUAUAGACUUCUACCAUUUCUUGCUGGACAAACACCUACCGGAUUCAUAUUUGAGUCAGCUUGGGCUAAUUUUGUUAUUAAUCUUCUCACUUUCAUGCUUGCUGGACAUGUUGUUGGCUCUUGCUGGUACCUUUUCGGUCUGCAGAGAGUUAAUCAAUGCCUUCGAAAUGCUUGCGGUAAUUUUGAGCGUGAAUGUCAAGAUCUUAUAGAUUGUGGUAAUGGAAAUAGCACUGUGUUAGUACGAGCAACCUGGAGAGAUAAUGCGAGUGCCAACGCUUGUUUCCAAGAAGAUGGUUUUCCUUAUGGAAUAUAUUUAAAAGCAGUCAAUCUAACCAAUCAUUCUAGUCUCUUCACAAGAUACAGUUACUCUCUCUUCUGGGGUUUUCAGCAAAUAAGCACUCUUGCUGGAAACCAAGUCCCAAGCUACUUUCUAGGGGAGGUCUUCUUUACUAUGGGUAUCAUUGGACUAGGGCUUUUGCUUUUUGCGCUUCUUAUUGGUAAUAUGCAAAAUUUCCUUCAAGCUCUUGGUAAAAGGAAUUUGGAAAUGACGCUAAGACGGCGUGAUGUGGAGCAAUGGAUGAGCCAUAGACGGUUGCCAGAUGGUAUAAGAAAGAGGGUGCGAGAGGCAGAGCGGUUCAACUGGGCUGCUACUAGAGGCGUUAACGAAGAAUUGCUGUUUGAGAAUAUGCCUGAUGAUCUCCAAAGAGAUAUAAGACGACACCUCUUUAAAUUUCUCAAGAAGGUGAGAAUAUUUUCGUUGAUGGAUGAACCAAUCUUAGAUGCAAUCCGUGAGAGGCUGAAACAGAGGACAUAUAUAGGGAGUAGCACAGUGUUGCAUCGCGGAGGUCUAGUUGAGAAAAUGGUAUUCAUAGUGAGAGGUGAGAUGGAGAGCAUUGGAGAAGACGGUUCUAUUCUUCCUUUGUCAGAAGGCGACGUUUGUGGUGAAGAACUCCUCACUUGGUGCCUCGAACGCUCUUCUGUAAACCCCGAUGGGACGAGGAUAAGGAUGCCGUCAAAGGGAUUGCUUAGCAACAGAAAUGUUAGGUGUGUGACAAAUGUGGAGGCAUUUUCGCUGAGUGUGGCAGAUCUUGAAGACGUAACAAGCUUGUUCUCGAGAUUCUUGAGGAGUCAUAGAGUCCAAGGAGCCAUAAGGUACGACUCUCCAUAUUGGAGGCUACGAGCUGCUAGGCAGAUUCAAGUGGCGUGGAGAUAUCGUAGGAGACGGCUUCAGAGAUUAUGUACUCCUCAGUCUAGUUACAGCCUUUAGUUUGUAUUCCUCAUUUUUCAUGAAUUGAUGAUUAUAUGUAAUUUGGUGCUUGUGACAUAAGUGGUGUUACUGUAUUAUAAGGUAGCUCAAUGCUUCACUUAAAUUCAACAAAUUAAAAUUAUGUAA